AUGCCAAUCUACAACUGGCGCCCCCUAACCCCAACCGACAUCCCCGCCCUCAUGCACGUUGCCAACACAGUCCACACAACCCUCCCCGAACGGCCCGAGGUAUUCCUCGAACGCUGCAAUCUUUAUCCCACGGGCUGUCUGGUACUGGACGUCUCACCUUCAGCUAAACCUGCCGCUGCACAUACAUCCUCAUCCGCACCCGCAUUCGCAUCCUCGCAACCUACACUCCCCUUAAUUCAGGGUGGAAGUGUGGAAAUCUGCGGCUACGCAAUCUCCCACCCCAUCCGCACCCACCAGCCGCCCCCGCUCGACACCUUGCUCGGAAACAUCCCCGCAGACGCAAAGCAGUACUACAUCCAUGACGUUGCGAUCCUGUCGGAGCACCGGGGCCGGGGCCUUGCGGCGGAGGCGGUGGGGAGGCUUCGUGCUGUUGCGGAGCGGAGUGCGUUUGCGUCGACCGGGUUGGUGGCUGUGUAUGGGUCAAAGGGGUUUUGGGGACGGUUUGGGUUUGAGGAGGAGCGUGGGGAGGGGGAGGAGGAAGAUUUGAAGAGGAAGGUGGAGGGGUAUGGGGGGGAUGCUGUUUGGCUUGUGAGGAAGGGGUGA